CUUCACGACGUAUUUUCGCAGGCGACUAACCGAGUUUUGCGAUGUCCACAAUCCUCGCGCAGCACACGGGGACCCAGAGUUUUAAGAGCGGCUUCAGUGCAGAUUCUGCCACUGUUGGUCUUGUUGGUCUCGUAGUUGUAGAAUGAGUAUGAGGAAGGUCGACGAGGGUUUAAGCUUCGAAUCCUUCGCCCUGCAAAGAGGUUUUCAAUUCCCGGCGUGACCGAUCGUGCCGUGGAUUGUACGAGAAUGUGCAGAUUGUGCAUGAAUUUUAGCAGAUGGGUCGGAACAAUUUACCUGUUUCUGUGUGAUUGGAAACUCGAAAAGGUCUCUGGGGAUGGUGUUUUGCUCGCGACUUUUUGUGGGGGCUGAGUCGGACGGGAUGCGGUAGAUGAAUUGGGGAAGUUCUGAAUUUUAAGGUGGGUGAGGAAGAGUUGGGCGCGAGAUGGAUACGAUAGCGAAGGCGCAGGCGGUGAUGACCGCGUGGGACUCGAGUAUGAGCCAGGCUUGGCGGGAGGAGGAGCGGUCUUGGCACCUCUACUUGACCGAUGGCCAUGAGUUGGACGUGGCUUACUUUAAGUCCGAGAGUUCUCACUUGCUUGAUAUGAGUGACCUGCGGUAUCGGAAAAUACAGUGGAGAGAGGAGGACAUGGAGCAACGAAACCUCGAAAACGCGAGGGCCCUUUGGCUUAGGUUUGUUGAAAAAAAUAGGAGAGAUGUGGAGGAAAAAUCUGAUCAACUGAAAUCGAUCUCCAAUUUGGCAGCAUUAUUUUGCGGAUUUGCAACAGUCAAUUUGACACAGUUUAAUGUGCGGACAGAUUACAAUUGGGUGUUGCUCGGUUUCUACGGAGUUCUCACUGCUCUUGUUGAGGGCUUGAUGGUCAUAUCUAUGGUGACAUGCACACUUAUCUUGGGUAGUAUUGUAAAAAUGGGGAAGCUCUAUGUGAACGAGGUUGCGGAGGAAGAGUUUAUCUUUCAAUGUCGUAGCUUCUGUAUGAACUUCGAGCUAGGGGAUCGACCCCCAUGCCCUAAACGCACAUUGGAGGCUUUUUGGGAGUUGAGGUGUGAAAAGAGCUGGCAACGAGCCUUUUUGUGCUUCUCCUUUGGCGUUUCUGCAUUUGUGUGCAGUCUUAUUCUUGUUGGAUGGGUGACGUUUGCCGGCGAGUCUGUAAUGACUGCGGGGCUCUUCACAUUUAUUUCCUGCUCUUCAGUUAUUAUUUGGAUGGCUAUUCAGUACUCAUGGGGCUCCUAUACUCGGAAAAGAAAGUCUUUUCGAGAGCAAUCAGUUCGAUAUGGGAAUCCCGACGGACUUCCUUACGAUUGGUAUCUCGCCCCUGACUUCAGGCUAAAUAAUCAGACUACCCUGUAACUCGUACUUGGAGAUUCUCAAAAGGUGUCUUAAAGAGGCAUUUAUACAUCAAUUUGUUUUUGGAGGCUUUGAGGUUCCUAUGUACAGUGUAAGGUUGUUAAAGCAUUAUGCACUUUUAUCGAUUCACCAUCGUUGUUCAUAGAAAACGCGAAUCAUUCGUUGAGCUCAUCAGCUGUUGCGGAUGUCCAUGGUUGAAGUGGCAGCAUUUAAUGUAGACAAUUAAAACCCUGCAUUGAUAAACUAGUUGAGGAGACAACCUCGUGUCUCGUUUCCCAGUUCAGGCAUUGACAGAGGAAACCCAUUUUGUAACACUCUCCUGAUUCAGCAAUUGAUUCAGGUUAUCGCGAUCAA